AUGACCCCUGACAGAAUCACUCUCCAGAAUAUGGAGAAGAAAUCGAAUGAAAACUUCAGGCAGUACGCACAAAGAUGGAGGGAGGUGGCCAUACAAGUUCAGCCACCACUUCUGGAAAAGGAGACAACGAUGCUCUUUAUUAAUACCUUGAAGGCUCCUUUUAUUACUCAUAUGUUGGGAAGCGCCACCAAGAGCUUCUCUGAUAUAGUAAUGACAGGAGAAAUGAUUGAAAAUGCUGUAAGGAGUGGCAAGAUAGAAGUAGGAGAAAGUACCAGAAAGUCGGUCCCGAGGAAAAGAGACAAUGAAGUGAACAACACGAGCACAUCUAGCAAAGGUCAGCCUAAGUCAUUCACCGUAAAUCAACCCAAGGCGGUGACCACCAAUCAGCAAAGCUCUAGAAGACAAGAAUCCAACGCGAGGGAGAACACAGAAAGACCACAAUUCACCCCUAUACCCAUGACGUAUAGGGAGUUGUACCAAAACCUGUUCAAUGCUCAUGUGGUCUCCCCUUUCUACCUGAAGCCACUGCAGCCCCCGUAUCCCAAAUGGUAUGACGCGACUGUCCAAUGUGAGUACCACGCGGGAAUCAUUGGGCACUCUAUCGAAAACUGCGCAGCGUUUAAAAAAUUAGUUGAAAGACUCAUUAAGAUGGGGAUCGUGAGAUUUGACGACCCAGCCACAUCCAAUAUAGUGGGAAACCCGCUCCCCAAUCAUACCGACCAAAGAGUGGAUGUGAUAUGCGAAGGCUUGAACAAGAAGACCAAGUAUGAGGUUGCGGAAGUCUGGACUCUGUUGAGGCGAGUAUGGAUGGAGAUGGUCAAGAGAGGAUUGAUCGCGUUGGAUUCGAGGGAAGAACCUGAAGAAGAGAGAAAAUACUGUGAGUUUCAUGAUGAAGUAGGGCAUGAAAUCCAAGGUUGCGUGGAGUUCAAGGCCCUAAUAGAAAACAUGAUGAGCAAUAAAGAAAUGGAAUUUUAUGUAGAAGCCAAAAACCCCGUAGUGGGAGAUAUAUGCGCAUCAGAGGGGGAAUCGACGACACAAAAUCGAACACCUAACUAUCCUGUGGUGAUCAUUUCGAGACCCAAAAAUAAUAAAGCUGGAAUACAAAUGCCACCGAGGGUCAUAAUCCAAAGACCUGCAGUCUUCCCUUACAAAGACAGCAAAAAGGUCCCAUGGAAUUAUGAUUGCAGUGUGAUGACGCCGGAAAAGGAGUGCCCGAUUGACGCUUUAAGAGGGGAUCAGGACAAGGGAUCCUAUACACGUAGUGGGAGACGUUACGAUACGGUGAAUGAGGAGGCACAACCCACAAAAGGAAAAGCCCAGAUAGUCGAGGAAGUGAAAGGAAAAGCAACCAAACCUGUUAACGAGCCAGUUAACGAAGAAGAGGCCAAGGAGUUUUUAAAAUUCCUAAAGCAUAGCAAGUACAGUGUGGUGGAACAGCUACGCAAACAACCAGCCCGCAUUUCAGUGAUGGCUUUGCUUCUGAGCUCGGAAGUCAAUCGCAGCGCGUUAAUGAAGGUCUUGAAUGAAACGUAUGUUCCCAAUGAUAUCUCCGUUAACAAGUUGGACCGCUUGGUUAACAACAUCAGUGCCGAUAACUAUAUCUUCUUUAAUGAUGAUGAGAUACCACCCGGUGGUAUGGGGUCGACUAAAGCUCUGCAUAUCACCACACGCUGUAAAUGGUAUACGCUGCCAGGCGUACUAAUUGACAAUGGAUCAUACGAGCGCCCCGCCAUUGACCACACCGAGCAGAUUACCUAUAGACAGCUCUCACAUGAAGGAUUGCCAGAACAUCGUGAAGGCAUUCGAUGGCACGGAGAGAAAGGUGAUGGGCAGAAUCGAGUUGGGGCAGUGCCUUCCUCGUUGCAUCAAAAAUUGAAGCUAGUGUCGGAGGGAAGGUUGAUAAUGAUUAAGGCUAAAGAAGAUAUUAUUGCAACUGUGAGCAAUAAUGCGCCCUAUUUGGAGACAGAUGACGAAGCAAUCGAAUGCUCAUUUCGAUCUUUGGAAUUUGUUAACGCAACGUUCAUCGCUGAGGGAAGCAAAAUUCUGGUGCCAAAAUUGUCCAAAACCACGAGGAUGAGCCUCCAACUGACAUUUGGAAAAGGGGCCCUACCUGGAAGAGGACUUGGGAGACAUCUACAAGGAAGAACUGAAACGCCAAUGCUGAAAGACAAGAGAGACCGCUUCGACUUAGGAUUUAAGCUGAAUGCGAAACAAAAGAGAAGGGAGCAGGAAAAGAAGCAGGAAAGAAGGAGAGCUAGAUUAACGGGGAAGGAAAUCAAAUGA